CGCCCUUCUCAGCUUCACAAACAGCACAACCGAAGCAGAGCAAAAGCUUCGGAAAAGAUAACGUUACAACGUUAUCCAGAUCGAACUCCCUCUUCCUCCGCCUUCUUGAAGAAGAAGACGCUCGACGUGCAUCGGCGGCGAUGGCGACCGUGGCUCCGGGAGCGUCGUUGGGGAACGCUUGCUCUCUCCAUUUCCGCAAUACCCACUUCAGUCGGACCGCCCUCGCGCCUCCGAGGGCCAGAGCUUCGUCCGAGAUUGGAUUCCUCGCUUCCCAGCUGAGCGGGCUCAGAGUGUCCUACGACGACUCCCGCCGCUUCGCCGGACCCGUGGCCGCUCCGGCGACGGCCGUACAACCCGUUGCUCGCAGAAUAUGUCCCUUCACGGGGAAAAAGGCAAACAGGGCAAACAAGGUCUCCUUCUCAAACCACAAGACGAAGAAGUUGCAGUUUGUAAACCUGCAGUACAAGAGGAUCUGGUGGGAAGCCGGCAAGCGCUACGUUAAGCUGCGUUUGUCAACAAAAGCGUUGAAAACCAUUGAGAAAAACGGACUCGAUGCUGUUGCCAAGAAGGCAGGGAUAGAUUUAAGGAAAGAAUGACAAUUUGACCUUUUAACUGUUAUUAAAAACAAGCCAAUGCACGACUUCUUUUAACUUAUUUCAGUUUAGUGUUAUAGCCCUAUCUGGUUGAAUUUUUUCAUAUUCAUAUGAGCAUAAUUUUCAUUU